CUGGGACCCCCUCCCCACUCUCCAGCCCCACAGACGGGGGUCCCACGGGGGUUGGGGACCCCCCCACACCCACCCACCGGUGCCCCCCGGUGCCGUGGGGCACAGCCAGCACCCUGCGGGCCACGGGACACCCGGACCCCAUUGGUAUUGGGGUCACCCGGGUGCCUUGUAGGAAACUCGCCAUCCCCAGUUAGGGGGGGAUUUGGGGGGGGGCGAGGGGCGCCCCCAAAAAGCCGGGUGGGGGCCGUGGGGCCGCGGCCGCCCCGGUGCCGUGAUGUCAGGCCGGGGGCGGGCGCUGGCGCAGGUAGAUAAAACCGGGGGAAAAACAGGAAUGCCCGGUCCGGCGGGAGGGUGGCGGGACGCGGCGGGCGCUGCAGAUGAUGCCAUGGACGGGGGGGCCCAGCAGAGCGGCCUCCGGGAGCCCCCCGGGGUGGGCGGCACGGAGCAGGAGGGGGACGCGGGCGAGGGGCCGCCCGCCACCGACCUCAGGCGCUCGCAGCCCCUCUUCAUCCAGGGCAGCAGCCGGCCGCCGGCGGAGGAGGAGCCGCGCGCCUCGUCGCUGCCCUGCAUCCCCAACCCCUUCCCCGAGCUCUGCAGCCCCUCCAACUCGCCCAUCCUCAGCAGCCUCCCCCAGGGACCCCCUCGCGAAGGCACCUGCCACCUGGUGAAGGUGUUCAGCGAGGAUGGCUCGUGCCGCUCGCUGGAGGUGUCGGCGGGCACCACGGCGCGGCAGCUCUGCGAGAUGCUGGUGCAGAGGACGCACGCGCUGCACGACCACAGCUGGGCCCUGGUGGAGCUGCACCAGCACCUGGCCCUGGAGCGCUGCCUGGAGGACCACGAGUCGGUGGUGGAGGUGCAGAGCGCGUGGCCCCUCGGCGCCGACAGCCGCUUCGUCUUCCGCAAGAACUUCGCCAAGUACGAGCUCUUCAAGAGCAACGCGCAGUCGCUCUUCCCCGAGGUGAUGGUGUCCAGCUGCCUGGAGGCGAACAAGAGCAUGGCGCACUCGGAGCUCAUCCAGAACUUCCUGAACUCCGGGAGCUGCCCCGAGGUCCAGGGCUUCCUGCAGCUGCGUGAGGCCGGCCGCAAGGUCUGGAAGCGUUUCUACUUCUCCCUGCGCCGCUCGGGGCUCUACUACUCCACCAAGGGCACGUCCAAGGACCCCCGGCACCUGCAGUACUUCGCCGACCUCACCGAGUCCAACAUCUACUACGUGACGCAGGGCAAGAAGCACUACGGGACGCCCACCGAGUUCGGCUUCUGCAUCAAGCCCUACAAGGUGCGCAGCGGCACCAAGGGCCUGAAGCUGCUGUGCAGCGAGGACGAGCAGAGCCGGACCUGCUGGAUGGCGGCUUUCCGCCUCUUCAAGUACGGCAUGCAGCUCUACCGUAACUACCAGCAAGCUCAGGCCCGGCUGAGCCAACCCCCCUGGAUCGGCCCCACGGCCCUGCGGAGCGUGUCGGACAACGCGCUGGUGGCCAUGGACUUCUCGGGGUGCACGGGGCGGGUGAUCGAGAACCCCAGCGAGGUGCUGACGGCGGCGCUGGAGGAGGCACAGGCCUGGAGGAAGAAGACGACGCACCGCUACAGCCUGCCGGCUGCCUGCCAGACCUCCCCGCUCAGCGCCGCCAUCCACCGCACCCAGCCCUGGUUCCACGGGCGCAUCUCGCGGGAGGACACCCAGCAGCUCAUCGGCCGCCAGGGGCUGGUGGAUGGCGUGUUCCUGGUGCGGGAGAGCCAGCGCAACCCCAAGGGCUUCGUCCUGUCCCUGUGCCACCUGCAGAAAGUCAAGCACUAUCUCAUCCUGCCGAGCGAGGAGGAGGGACGGCUCUACUUCACCAUGGACGAUGGGCAGACCCGCUUCGCCGACCUCAUCCAGCUCGUGGAGUUCCACCAGAUCAACCGCGGCAUCCUGCCCUGCAAGCUGCGGCACUACUGCACCUGCGUGGCGCUCUGAGCCCGGCACCGCCAGCACGCCUCGGCACGGCACGGCUCGGCACCCCAUGGCACUGCUGGUGGUUCGGCGUAGCUGGCACGGCACAGCCGGCACACGAGGGCACAGCUCAGAGCAGUGAGCUCAGGGGUGAGGGGGCUCCCCCAGCGCCCCCCGCACCCCGGUGCCCCCACACUCAUGCACUUUCUCCCCCCUCCCGGUGCCGGGCCCCUCCGUCCCCACUGGGACCCCUGGCUGCAGACCCCUCACCCCGAGGCUCAGCGGGUUCAGGGGUCUGCAGCCCUUCCCCCCACCCCACAGGAGCAGGGUUUGGGAGCGGGGGGGGGGGUCCCCACCAUGUCCCCCACCAUGUCCCCACAAGGCCAGUUGAACUGUGAUGUGUUUUAUACCAGUGAGAAUAAAGGUUAUUUUUUCAGA